AUGGGUUUGCAAAGGAUGUACGGUGACAAGAUCCACAGUUUGAAGAUCUGCAUGAACUAUCUCACGCACGGGAUCAGCUUCGCUAUUGCCAAAUUCUUUCGACUGCAUCAAUUUAUCACAAUUUUAAUUCAUUCAAUGGCAGCGCGUGAGUUGCGUCCAUUGUACAAGAAACUGCUGCGUCUCGCAAAAGGUCUACCGGAAUCCAAACGUCAGACGUCACUUGAUCAAGUUCGUCGUGAAUUCCGUAACCACGGAGAUUUAACGGAUUCGAACGAAAUAUCAGCUUUAAUCCAACGUGCUCAAUCGUCUGUGGAUUUUUUAAAAAUUGUGACGCCUCGUACUGAAUCUGACUCGGGAGUCCAACGUUUUAUCUAUCGCAAUGGCCAACGUGUUAAUGCCGCUGAAUUCGAGAAAAAAGGGGAAGAAAAUGCACGUUACAAGACGCAGGAUAUUGAAGGAGGACUGAGACGUCACCAUCAGCUACUGAGACGUCAGCACUUUAUGGACCGAAAGAGUGGUCCCCCACGCUCCAUUUUCUAG